AGCGUCGACCAACGAUUUUUCGACUUCGGAUGGUGGAAACACUUUCGAUAAAACCCAUUCUCAUUCGUUUCUUGACUAGUUCGAAAUUUCCCAAAUAUUUCCUUACAGCGAACUGCUGUAGAGCAAAAUUAUCGUAAAGACGAAGCAUUCUAUGUUAUAAGUAGAAAAAUAUUUGUAAAGAUCGUUGCUACUUGUAGUUCUUGAGCUUUUCCUUUUUACAUCGUGGUGUAGACGAGGGGGCACGACAAGGACAUCUUCUUGCAGAGUUUAGGAGCCAACAGCUUACCUGUGUGCUCGUUCCUUUCUAGCUUCCAACUUUUUGGCAGCAGAAGCUCUCCUUUGAAAAUGGGUCGUUUAUUUCUGACGGAAUGUCGGGCACUCGCCUGGAUGGCACUUGUUGCCUCCGCACCUCUCUGGGAGGGGGGCCAGGGGGGCCCUCACAUCGCUACUGCUGUAUCGAUGAACGUGUGGAAAACUCACAGCGAAAAUGGAAACAUGAAGUCGAUCUCGACUGUGGACGGGGCGCAACCGCUCAUGGACGCCGCACUGUAUGAACUUCUUUUUGUUGACUUUGGCAUGUUUGAGGACGCGAGGAGGAACGGCGCGCUAAUCAAGCGUGAAAAUGCGUCACCACUUGAGAAGAAAUUCUUCAAGGCGGUUGAAGUGAUGGCUACGAGGAUGGCGAGUGCCAGUGACCAGGAGUUGCAGCACCAACGACCUGGUAGAGAUACAAAAAAACUGGCACCCCUUUCACCUCGUCACCCAGACUCUUCAAUUCUGCUGUUUGGUUUUCAGAUAUGGGCGGGCAUAUGCCUACUGUUCUAGUGUCGAUUUAUAUUAGUUUUGUCUUGUUGUUGUUUCCAUUUGUACAACCACACUGUUCAAAUUUCAGGAAUAGCGAUGACGGGCCUAGACCCGUUGCCGGUGGCCGUGGCUGUUGGGAUACAGGCUUCGCUGAGACCGGCAAAUGUCAUCACGAACCGCAAUUUGCAGAUUUCGCAAGAAGAACCUGUUGCUGCUAAACUCCGCAUAAGUCGCGCGUUUGUGUUGGAAUCCUUCCACCGUUAUACAAUUGCUGAUCCGGACGGUCGUUUUCCGGACGAGACUAGAGUGACUUGCGCUUUCAGCCCCGUUAGCGAUGGCGAAUUAACCGGUGAGAUGGGUUUCUUCAUGAACCUUGAGUAUGAACGAGAGCAAGACGCAAAGAAGGGGGGACUGGGACUGGGACUGGGACGCCUGCACAGAAUUGAGCUCGGUUUGAAUGCUCACGAAGCAGCUUGCUUUUCCGGCGGGCUAUGGACGAAGACCGUACCAAAAGGAUCCCUUCGCGGUCUGCCUAAACUGACCCCGGCGCCCCGGCUUCCUAAGUUCCAGACUUUGUGAGACUUUGCAUUUCUUUAGGCGCCCUCAGCGGAAGCGGCGUGCCACAGCGGCGAAGCCGGUCCGGAUGCCGGGUGUGGCGGUGUCGCCCAUGAAAGUUCACCGGGCCACUUCCCACCGGCACACUGCUGCACCCCGGUGCCAGUCGGUGGCUUCGGGGCGCGGCAGUGGGCUAAGGCCGAGCUGUUCUCCGCUUGGGCUUCGGACUCUCACUCUUGAAGCUGGGCAAAACGGCUCCGAAACUUGUCGAAACUUGAGGGGAAAGUCGCGUCUCCUAUUUUUUUCUUGUCGUGGUCGCUUUCCAUUUCCUUCGCGAUUUGGUUCGGCUUUCUUGUUUUGUUUGUGGAGCUGUCUCUCCUUCCGGGGGUAGCUUCAUGGUGUUAGCCGUCGAGGCUUGUUGGCUAGGUGUGGUCUCCGUUCGUCUGAACCGUACAUAUAUAGCGGGGCGCGUUUUUGUGUUGGGGGGCUGCUCUCUCUGCUGCGUUUUCUGUUGCGCCGGGGGGCGUUGGGGUCCCGUGGUGUAGGUGGGUUCGUGGCGUGGCUGUUUCGCGGUGGGUGUGCUUAGUUGUGCCGCUUGUGCUUCUUUCUUAUGGAGGCCCGCCGCCCGCCUAUCAUGAAAUCGCCUCGGACUUUGUCACCCGGUUGCCCCCUAAAGUAAAUUGGAAAGCCGCGGAAGUUGUGGCCUCUGCUGUGAAUAGUCUCAGACUUAUUCUGGCGAGCCUCGUUUCUACUGUGACUAGUCGCGAAAUUGCUGUGACUAGUCGCGGGAUUAGUGUGACGUGCCGCAAAACUGCUGUGGCUUGCCUCGGUCUUACUGUGACGGUGACCAGCUUCAAACUUACUGCGACGAGCUUCGGACUUGCCGCGGCUAGCCUCGCUCUGUCUGUGGCUGGCCUUGGACUCACUGCCUUGCGACUAGACUCAAACCUACUGAGACUAGUGACUAGUCUGGGUCCCAAUGUGACCAGUCUCAGACUUACUGUGACUAGCCUCGCUCACCGUGACUAGUUUCGCGCUUGCUGCUCCUAGUCUCUGGCUGAGUUUGUCGGGCUGUUCGAAUCCUAGCGCCAUCAGAAUAGGCGCAGCAGGUUAGAGACUAGUCACAGUGAGCGAGGCUAGCCGCAGUAAAUCCGAGGCUGGUCACGUUGGGUCUCAGACUAGUCCCAGCGGGCCUCGGGCUACCUAGUCUCAGUAGGUCUGAGCCUAGUCGCAGUAAGCUUGAGGCCAGUCGCAUUAAUUUUGAGACUAGUCGCAGCUGUUUUGAGACUAGUCGCAGCACUUGCGAGACUAGUCGCGGACUUUUUGAGACUAGUCGCCGUCAGUCUGAAGCCCGUCGCAGUAAGUUUGAAAAUGUUCGCAGUAUGUUUGAGGCUGGUUGCAGUAGCUACCACAGCUCCCACAACUCGGAUGCAACUCGCCACAGCUUCCACGGCUUAGAAAUAAUCGAGCCACGAUUUUGCGUAGGUGUUUGGCCUCUCUAACUUUCCUCCGCUGGGGGUCUCGGGCGGCUUGUUGCGGUUUUGUGUGUCCCCGUUGCCUAAUUUCUCUGCAUUUUCGUGCUUGGCAGUAGUCAGCUUUGGGCGUGGAGAGGGUUUUUGCCCCUUUUUUUGUCUCUGUUUUCUCUCUGGUUCAGUUUUGUCUUCGCCUGGGCGGGGGUCUUGCUCCUAGUAGGUCAGCCGUUUUCUCUUCUCGGCGGUGUUCUGUCUCUUUUGUCUUUAGUGUCAACCUUCAAAAAAAAACGUUGAAAAAGCCCAGAAAAAAGGCGAGGGGGCUGAUUUUGGUGGCGUUGCGGGAACGGCUUGGGGGGGGUCUAUAGUGUCUGGGCUUUUUCGUUUUCCAAAGUUUUUUUUGGGAAUUUUUUGGCACCAAAAUAAGCUGCUGCAGCUGGAAUUUUGUGGAGGCUUGGCGGCUGCCGUGUAGUGCUGUUCCGUUUGUGUUGGUUCUGCGUCACCACUGGGUUCCGCGCGCCGCGUGUGCGGAAGUAGCGUUGCUUGUCCUCUGGCAUAGGUCUCAGGCGGGCGCGCGCCUGGCCAGCAUUUGGGUUACAAUCUAGCUAAAAAAGUCGGACUUUUGGGAUCGCGGGGCGCCUGCCUUGUGCCGUUGUGUGUCUGUUUCGUUUCUGGGUUUUUUCUGCUUUUCUUCUGUUGUUUUGUUGGUAUAUUUGCGAGCGAUCAGGGAAAUGCUUCUGAGUGUGGCUUCUUUCUGGUACUCUACAGAGGGGCCGCGGGUCUUGAAGUCUGCGGCAGCGGAUCAGGGAAGACUGAAAAAGCCGCCAGGUUUUUUCGGUCGUUUUUUUCGAUCGGUUCCAUCCGGUUUUGUAUGCUUUGGCUAAGUGGCUCGGCUUGGGGGUGCAUGUCUUAGGGGUCGUGGCUGGACGGGGUGCAUUGUUGAAGUUAGUCAGGGUGACGAUGUGCCAUCGGUCUUCGGGUAUGGUGCUUCUGGUCUCUUGGGUGUUCUCGUGCUGCUUUUCAGUGGGUUGGGCUUGUUUGUGUUUGUCUUCUGUUGCUUGGUCGUCUUGCCUUGCCCCCGGUGGAGGAGGGGCGGCCGGGGGCAUUUGGAGGGGCCUCUGCUGUUGGGUGCCCACACUGAGCCACGGCCACGGGGCUUGACGAUUGGCGCAACAGCUCGCGCGGGAGUGCCGGGCUUCGCACUCGAAGGGCCAGGGGACUUGGGGGGGGGUCGUGUCUGGGCUUGGGGGGAGGGGUCCGGGUGGCCGGUGGCUUUUCCAAGUCGACGACUACAAAACGGCUAAAGCUUUUCCAACCUUUUCUGGGUUAGAAAAAAACGGCGAAAAAACGGCUAUAAUUUUCGGCCUUUCUCUCGUGCGGUUUCGCCUGGAAGUCGCUCGCUUUUGCUUCUGGGGUCGGUUUAGAGCACCUCUGCCAAGUUUUGGAAGGACGUGCCGCCGGCUUUUUUAACUGUUCCCAAAGUUGUUGACUCUUUCGCCCUUUUUUUACCCUCAGCUUUAGCCGGUGUCUUAGCCGUCCACUUUGGCCGGCUUCUUAACCGGUUCCCGCGGGGUCUUGGGAAGCUUGUCCUCGGGCCGCGUAACCGUGGCGCAGGGCGGGUCGCAUCUGACGCACCCGCCGCAUUUCGCUGGCAGGCCUCGGAGCGUGGCGUGGUAGUACUCGUGCAAGCUCCGCGGGGUUGGCUGGGUGGUGCGCGUGUGGACGUGGAGGCUCCGCAUCGAGCAGCGCUGGCGCGGGGUGGGGCUGUAACGUCCACGCCAGUCAGGUUGCGUGGGCCGGGUCGCGUGAUUCUGGAGCUGGCGCUGGGGUCACAGUUCGCCGGCUCCUGGAAGUGUGGCCUGAACGUCUGCGCCGGUAAGCCUCGCGGGCUAGUGUGGUGUCGGCUUUUUGUGUCGGGCCUUUUCUUGGGGUGUCUGCCUCGAAGUGUGUGGGGCCGCUUGCUGGAGGCCGGCCCAGGUGCAUGCGUUAGAUUCGUGGGCGCCUGCUAUUGCAUUUGCAUUGCGGUGGCGUGGUUCGCUCGGUGAGGUCUUUCGUGGGUCUUUUGUGUCGGAUCGGUUGUUGCCCCCCGGCAGCCAGAUCAGCUGGCGCGGGUGUGUUGUGGUGUCUGUCGGUCGGGAUUUUCUCAAGGCCCGAAAAUUUGAACCAAAUUGCCUGGGAUGUGUCUGGGCUGAGUCAAUUGGUCGGGCUGUUGUGUUGUCAUCUUCGGGCUCUUGUCUUCUUUCGGUUCGAGCAAGCUUGCGCGGGCUGUGGCUUGCUUCGUUGGCCUCGGCGCUUGGUGGUGCUGCCGGCGUUGCAGGGGGGGGUUCUCUGCUUAUCGUGGUGAGGGGUUUCGGGAUUUCCGAUUGGCUCGCGUUGUCGGUUUGUUUUGUUGUUGGGUGUCGUUGUGAUCUCUUCCCCACGCACCGUGUGUUGCGUGGGUGUUCGCGUGCGUGUUUUAUAUGCUGGCGGCGCUCCUGCUCGUGUGGUCUGGGGGUUUGUGUGGUUCUGGUAUUUGGUAGCCUGAAUAUGAUCACAGGGAUUUUCUUCUUGUUUUCCUUGUGAAGAUCAAAAUCAGGCAACCAAAUGCCAGAACCAUUCAGGGCCGCUGCUUUACCGUCCGCGGGCGUUUGGUUUUGAUUCGUGUCGCUGCUGCCCUUGGUGUUGUGUCUCGUUUUUCGCAGCUGGCUCCUUCGGUUUUUCUGGGCAUUCUGGUUUCUGGUCUAAUCGUAGGCGCCUGGGUUCGAGGGCUCGUCUGUCUGGUGCCUGGGUUUUGGGCUUUUCUGCUCGAGGUUCGUUCCGGCUUUUCUGCCUAGAUCUUAGAUUUUGGUGUGUAAGUUUUGGAUUUUUCUGCUUAAAUUUAGGGCUUUGUUGCCUAAUGUUUGGGCGUAGUUAGCGGCCUCGAAUAGUUGUUAGGCAGACCCGGCAGGGGGUCCUUUUCAUUACGCUUCGUUUAUAUGUGAAGCUCGAUGCGACAAAGAUGCGGGGUCUUUAUAGAGCGGGGAACAUCAAGCAGCAAGUGCCGGCUGGUGGGGAGAGUGCUCAGAUGGAGACGUUGGCAUCGAAAUCGAUAGACCAGCAAGUGCCUGCUGAUGGGGAGGUAGUGCAGUAGGCGACCUAGAAGUACAGGAGCAGGGGCAACGCUCGUGCCGCCUCCUUCGAUUCUUGUAGAUUUCAUUUUUGAGACGGCUAAUGGCGUCGGGGGGGUGUCGUGUGUCGUGGCUUUUUUUAUCGAAUUUACGUCGGGAGGACAAGGACAUAACUGGUGAGCCACUAAGGAGCGCUGGGUCUCCUCUUUCCAAGAAUCUUCCUUAUAUACUUAUAAGUAUAUAGAGGACUUCUUGCUUGUUUCACCUCAGUGCAUUUCUGAGCAUGCAUAGAAGAUGUGUGAUCACCUGGAGGCAUUGGGUAUUAGCUUAAGAAGCGUAUGGAGCUCGAUGUGAAGGAUCCAUGACCUGACCUGAAUUAUAGAAGAUGAUGUUAGUUUUUGCCUUCGUGGCGCCAAUAUUUGUGCAGGAGCACCAACACCGGCCACGAAGAGAAAACUGCUGCUUGUCAUCUUGCCAGAAGAUCACGUUCAGAAUGAAUGAGAAACGAAAGAAAAUAAAGAAAUUGAAAUAUAGCCACGAUGCUAGAGUAGAAUAGGUUAUAUAUAGGACGGAUGCAGGGCGGUGGACUUGGGUAGAUCGGAUGGAUCCGACUAAUUCUUUGCGUCCUACAUAGAAUGCUUAGCGAGCCUUGCAGGCCCAUGAUCCGUUCCACCAUCUGAUCCAUCCCAUUACAAACCCGCCACCCCUUAGCGCUGUUCAUCUACAGAGAACUGUUUAAGAAUUUAUAGGGAAGAAAGAAGAUGCUACUGAAGUGAAAAAAUCGAUCUCGCUUGAGAAACUAAUGUUGACGCUUGAAGAAAUGGUCUUGAUAAUGGCAUUUGAUGGUGUAGAUUUUUUUUGAGAAACAGUAAAGAUGAAUAUUAAUGAUCGACUUCAAUAAUUAAGUAAGUACUUAUAUAAAGAUUUUCAAAACAAGCAGGCUUGUAUGCUGGCGACUUUCGACCUAUUUUCUUUCCGGCAGUUGAAAGGCGAACGCGCUUGCAAGGGGUUACAACAAAAAAAAUUGGAAAUAUUGAGAUAAAUCGUAGCUCCUUCCUUGGGUUGAGUCGUCCUGCCGCGAAUAGUACGUAGAAAUGGUUACGCGGCUCUUGAGAUUAUCGUUAGUCCUGUUAUGCAAGAUUUGAAAAAACGGUUGACGUUGAAGGGAAGUGGGGAGAUGGCUGCUGUAAUGACGGACAACAAUUACAGUUGCGGCAGUCUUCUUCAUCUGAGCACUGGUGCUGGCGCUAAGCCACAAAAACUACUGCGAUGACGAUGAAGAAUGAGUGGAGUUGUCCCUGUUUCAGCUCCUCACGAAAGUGAGUAACGAACUAAUAAAUCCAUCAUCGAACAAUAACGUUUAGAAUUAAUGCUUCUGCAGUUCCUUCAGUGAACAACGCAAAUUAUUCACUUCCAU